AUGUUACCAAAUGUUGCUCAUCAAAAAGCUAUAGAAGCUAUGGAACCCAACCAUUAUUGUCCUGAAAUCACACACCUUUUCUUCGCAGAUGACUGCAUUUUAUUCACAAAAGUCACUGGAAACAAACUUAUUUCUCAAUUUUCUUCAUCUUCUGGCCAAUUGGUUAAUCUAGAAAAAUCUAGUGUUUUCUUUAGUAAAAAUUUAAGUCCAGCUGCUUGUGAAGAUAUCUCUCAAAUGUUUGGUAUGAAAAAAAUGGACUUAAAUGAAAAAAAUUUGGCUGUUAAUUUGUUCCCUGGCAGAAAUAGAGAUAAAUGUUUUGAGGUUCUAAUUAACAAGAUGAAGAGUAAAUUACAGAGAUGGCAGGGGAAGUUAGUUAAUCAAGCUGGAAGAUCAAUACAGAUCAAGGCUACUCUUGGUUCUGUUGCUCAACACCAAAUGAGUAUAUUUUCCAUUCCUGAGAAGACAAGUGCCAAAAUGAAUGACAUUCAAAGAAACUACUUCUGGAAUAAAUACAAUGCAAAGGGAGUUAAUUUAAUAUCAUGGAAGAAUGUCUGCAAACCAAUUGCAGGGAGGCUUGGGGUUUUUAGAUACAACUAA